GUGUCGCGAGCGUGACGUAAUCGCUAGGCGCCGUGCGAAGCCGGAGGGAGUCUUGACCUCUCAGCGUGCGGAGCUUCUCCGCAAUGCUGCGGCUUGUUCGGCUCGGGGCGCGGGCCUGGUUUCCGUCCACGGGCUGCCGGGGCCUGAACGCAGUGGCGGAAGAGGCAGUGCAGUCGCGGGAGAAGCCAGAGCCUGUGGCGAGUGCGGGUCUCCAGGUACCAGUGCUGCGCAAGUGCGAGCUCCCGAUACCUGCACACCGGCGUCCGGUGCAGGCCUGGAUCGAGUCCCUGCGGGGCUACGAGCAGGAGCGCGUGGGUCUGGCUGAAUUGCACCCUGACGUUUUCUCCACGACGCCCAGGCUGGAUAUCCUGCAUCAGGUCGCCAUCUGGCAGAAGAACUUCAGGAGAAUUAGCUAUGCCAAGACCAAGACUAGAGCUGAGGUGCGGGGUGGUGGCCGGAAGCCCUGGCCACAGAAGGGCAGUGGGCGUGCAAGGCACGGCAGCAUCCGCUCACCUAUCUGGAGAGGAGGAGGUGUUGCACACGGCCCCCGGGGCCCUACAAGCUACUACUACAUGCUGCCCAUGAAGGUGCGGGUGCAGGGCCUCAAGGUGGCACUGACUGUCAAGCUGGCCCAGGACAACCUGCACAUUGUGGACUCCCUGGAACUCCCAACCGCAGACCCUCAGUACCUGAAGGAGCUGGCUUGCUACCGCCGCUGGGGGGAUUCUGUGCUCCUGGUGGACCUAGCACACGAGGACAUGCCUGAGAACAUCGUGACAGCUGCAUUGGGGCUUAAGACCUUCAACCUGGUCCCAGCUGUGGGGCCACUAGGGGAGCUGUAAUACCAGUAUGAACAAGAUCUGUGGGAACCCAGAGGAGGAAGCAUGUAUUUCUGCCUCUACGUAACGUUAAGGUGGGAUUCUCAGAACUGAGUCCUAAGGAAACACAGUAAAUAUUACCAUCUGUUCUCACUCUGCACGUGGCUAUGCUGAGCACUGCACACGAAUCGUCUUACUGAAACCUCCCAUCCUUUGAGGUAUGUGUUAUCCCAAUUCUAUGGCUGAGGCCACUAAGGCACAACCAGGGAAAGUGGCUUGCUCAAGGUUACAGCUUGUGGCAGGCGCUCUCAGCACUAGGACUGACCACAUCCCCUUCACACUUGCUGUCACAGGCAAACCCCAGCUUCCUAUGCUGCAGGACUGUGCUGGGCUUGUCCACCAGGAAUGUCAGAAGGACUGGGGAACCACAGUGAGAUACCACUUCCCACCCAUUAGGGUGGCAAUAUUCAUAAUAACAAAACAUAAAAUAAGUAUUAGCAAGGGUGUGGGAAAAUGGGAACCCUUGAACCCUUGCCAAUUGCUGGUGGGAAUGUAAAAUGGUACAGCCACCGUGGCAAAGAGUCCGGCA